CACCACCACACCCACCGCGACGCUCGCCGCGACGACGAUACAAUACGCAAUGGCAGAUCUAGCUCACGACAACCGGCCCGGAGACGACGAGGGCGAAGAGGAGGAGGUCGACGAUGCUAGCUACAAGACCAUCAAGGAUGCGGUGCUGUUCGCCAUCGAUGUCAGCCCGAGCAUGCUACAGCGGCCACCCCCCUCAGACGACAAGAAGGCCGACCGCGACUCCCCCACGUCGGCCGCCCUUAAAUGCGCCUACCAGCUGAUGCAACAGCGCAUCAUCUCAAAUCCGACCGACAUGAUGGGCAUCCUCCUGUUCGGAACAGAGAAGACGCAUCUCGCAGACGGCGACAACACAUUUCCGCACUGCUAUCUCCUCUCGGACCUCGACGUGCCGUCUGCAAACGACGUCAAGCAGCUGAGGAGCCUGGUCGAGAACGAGGAAGAGGCGGCGGCGCUGCUCCGGCCAGCAGAUGAGCCCACCAGCAUAGCAGCAGUGCUGUUCUGCGCGAUCCAGAUAUUCACGACCAAAGCCCCCAACUUCUCAUCGCGGCGGCUGUUCCUCGUGACCGACAACGACAACCCCGCAAAGAUCAAGCAGGACAAAGACACAGCCAUAACACGCGCUCGGGACCUGUACGACCUCGGAUGCACCAUUGACCUCUUCCCCAUCUCAAGACCCGGUCACGGUUUUGACAGGUCCAAAUUCUACGAUGACCUCGUCUACCCUUCCUCACCCUCGGACCCAGAUGCGCCCGCUUCCUUGCCUUCUGCCACCAAGGUCGCCAAAAGUGGUGAUGGCAUAUCCCUCCUACAGCAACUCAUCUCAUCCAUCAACUCGAAAGCAACCCCGAGAAGGGCAUUGUUUAGUCUUCCCUUCGAGAUCGGACCCGGUUUACGAAUCGGUGUGAAGGGUUUCAUCAUUAUAAAGCGCCAGGAGCACGUGAAGUCCUGCUACGUCUGGGUCGGGGGCGAGAAAGUUCAAAUCGUCGCCAGCUCCACCUCACAUCUGGCCGACGACACUGCUCGCGUCGUUGAGAAGACAGAGUUGCGAAAGGCAUACAAGUUUGGAGGGGAUACCAUUACAUUUACUCCUGAAGAAUUUACACAAAUACGACAAUGCUUUGGGGAUCCGGUCAUACGCAUCAUUGGUUUCAAGCCAAUUUCAUCACUCCCAAUUUGGGCCAAUACUGGAAAGGCGACCUUCAUCUACCCGUCCGAGUCAGACUACGUUGGUUCCACGAGAGUCUUCUCCGCCCUCCAGCAGAAACUCAUUAACAGCAAGAAAAUGGCAGUCGCCUGGUUUAUCGCCCGCCGGAAUGCGGCGCCUGUCAUUACCGCCAUCAUUCCUGGAGAGGAGAAAUAUGAUGAGGACGGAGAACAAAUCAUGCCUCCAGGGCUGUGGCUCAUCCCACUUCCGUUCGUCGAUGAUAUCAGGCAGUGCCCCGAGCAGGCCGAUAACAUCAAGACAACCGAAGAGCUGACUGACAUUAUGCGAAAGGUUAUCGAGCAGUUGCAGCUCCCCAAAGGCGUUUAUAACCCUUCAAAAUAUCCUAAUCCUGAUUUGCAAUGGUUUUACCGGAUCCUCCAAGCUAUGGCUCUGGAAGAAGAGGUACCCGAGAAAGCGGAUGAUAAGACGAUUCCCAAAUACAAACAGAUUGAUAAACGAACCCGCGGGUACCUCGCCCAGUUCGGCCAAGAGUUUGAUGAAGAACAUAAGCGCCAAACACGAGGUAAACUGAAAUCUUCUGCUGCCCCUCCAAAGAAGCGUGCCGCUACUUCAUCAGCUCCCAUCGAAGACUCAAAACCAUCGAAGCGAAUAAAGACAGAACCACAGGCGAAUGGCAACGGAGGCGGGAUGACGGACGAGGACAUGGCGGCUCUUAGUGACCGCGGAAAUAUUAGUAAGCAAUCAGUUGGUGCGUUGAAAGAGUUUUUGAAGGCGCGAAAGCAGCCAGUGGCAGGAAAGAAGAUCGAGCUCAUUGAGCGCGUGCAGCAGUAUCUUGAAUCGAAGGGACUUUAAUGGAGGGCCUGCGCGAGCAUAUAUAGGAAGGGUACAUCUAAGGGGCCGGCGUUUACAGGCAAAAGAUGCGUGUAUAUUAGUGGGAUGAUUUCAUAACCGCAUGGCUCUUUCAAGAGGGUAUCUCAGUCAUAUCGAU